UUUACUAUACAAACCCGCUACUAUGCCAACGUGCUCUGUAGAACCUUAUGAUUCUUGUCACCGAAAAUUGCAAGCUUUUUUUUUUUACUUCCGUGUACAUGCUUCUGAAAUGUUUCUCACUACUGUAAAUUUUUGUUGUGUGUUGCUUGCGUUUAAGUGGGAUCGGGAAAAUGGAGAUUUUGCUGAAGAUACUUUGUGUUGGACUUGCUGUCAUUCCAAUGUCCUGUUUCGUUAACCUUGCACAAAUGCCGAAAUAUAGAGGUCAGGCUUCCCAGAGUUCAACAUAUCCCGGAGAGCCCUGGACUGCAGACAAAGCAGUGGACGGACAUCUUCAGCAUGAUGACGAUCAGUCUACCUGUAGUUUUACUAAGGACUGGACGUCAAUAACAGCAUGGUGGAAAUUUUCUUUGAGGAAAAAAGCAAACGUGGCAUACUUGGAGAUUUAUUUUAGGAAUAGAACUGUCAAUGUACACGUUGGGUUUUCCGUUUUCGUCUUCGAUGACCCUCGUUUUAUUCCAACGUCAUCUUCUCCCAAUAAAGUAUUUACUCAGGGAUCAUCACCGUGUCCUACCCGCGUUCUGAAUGUCACAGUCAAUAAAGCUACCAGAGGGAUAGCGCUGUUCAACACGAAGAAACCACCUGUAGUAACAAACUGUGAAGGUUAUAAACAAGAUCAUCGAUACUCUACCAUUGAAACAUGUGAAGUCAAUAUAAUGGGUUGCCCGUAUGGAUAUUUCGGGGAAAACUGCUCACAAUGUGGACUGUGCCAGAACGGAUCGUGUGACGUAUUUAACGGAUCCUGUAUCCAGGGAUGCAGUACCCACGUGAUGGAUCCUCCUCUCUGUAUCCGUACGCCUGGGUUUCACUAAUACUUUAUAUUCUCAUAAUACAUGUAUUUAUUUGUUUUCUCGGUCUUUUGUG